CGCUUCUGAUUCAAUGAUGCUAUUUGCGCUCAUGCUAACGGCUGCUUCAGGGUCUAGUUGCAUUGCAAUUUAUUUUUGGCGUCAGUCAUUUGAAUUUCGCCCCAGCGCAGGCAAGAAUCGCCUCAACGAUUUUCUGUUUUGAACAUCAUACAGCUGCGCUUCAUUCUUUUUUUUUGGCUUAUUGUCAGCGUUUGGACUUACCUCACUGGCUGCAAGUGGACAGCGUUCGCGUUGCUAAUUUAUGAAAACAAUGGGUUGUACGGCGUACUGGGACUAACUGAAUCUAGCUAUAAGGCGCCCCAAACAUGACCAAAGAAGACGAGAUCCCCGACUGGGUCGGAGCGCAGGAGUUUUAUGAUAAAUAUGAACCGAAGGAGAUACUGGGAAGGGGCGUGAGCAGUGUCGUGCGCCGCUGUGUGCACAAGCGCACCUUGCAGGACUAUGCGGUGAAGAUCAUCGACAUCACGCCCUCCGAUAAGAUGACCUCACAGGAGAUCCAGGAGAUCCAGGAGGCCACCGUGAAGGAGAUCGACAUCCUGAAGAAGGUCUACGGGCAGGACAACAUCAUUCAGCUGAAAGACUGUUUUGAGUCCAAGGCUUUCUUCUUCCUGGUGUUUGACCUGAUGAAGAGGGGCGAGCUGUUCGACUACCUGACAGAGAUGGUCACGCUGAGCGAGAAGGAGACCAGGAAGAUCAUGCGAGCCCUGCUGGAGGUGGUCCAGUUCCUGCACUCCCAGAACAUCGUCCACCGCGACCUAAAACCGGAGAACAUCCUCCUGGACGACGACAUGAACAUCAAGCUCACAGACUUUGGCUUCUCCGUCCAGAUCGAGCCGGGCCAGAAGCUCAACGAGGUGUGCGGGACACCUGGAUACCUGGCUCCCGAAAUCAUACAGUGCUCCAUGGACCCCAACAGUCCCGGAUAUGGGACCGCUGUCGACCUGUGGAGUUCGGGGGUCAUCAUGUACACCCUAUUGGCCGGUUCGCCGCCAUUCUGGCACCGGAAGCAGAUGCUGAUGCUCCGUAUGAUCCUGUCCGGGAAUUACCAGUUUUCCUCCCCGGAGUGGGACGACCGCUCCGACACCGUAAAAGACCUGAUCUCACACCUGCUGGUGGUGGACCCUGACAGGCGCUUCACUGCCACAGACGCGCUCAAUCACCCCUUCUUCCAGCAGUACGUGGUGGCAGAGGUGCGCCACUUUAGCCCCUACAGGAAGUUCAAGGUGAUCUGUAUGACUGUUCUGGCGACGAUGCGGAUCUACUGUAACUACCGGCGGGCGAAGCCGGUGACGAAGGAGGUGAUCCGCAGCGACCCGUACGCCCUGAAGCCGCUGCGCAAGCUGAUCGACGGCUGCGCCUUCAAGAUCUACGGCCACUGGGUGAAGAAGGGCCAGGCGCAGAACCGCGCCGCGCUGUUUGAGAACACGCCCAAGGCCAUCCUGCUGUCGCUGGCCAGCGAGGGGGAGGACACACCGCUGCGCAGCUGGUAACCAGGGGGACCCCCGAAAAACACCGUCACCCCCAAAAACACCGUCACCCCAAAAACACCAUCACCAACACCCCAAAAACACCGUCACCCCAAAACCACCUUCACCAACUCCCCAAAAACACCCCAAAAACACCGUCACCCCAAAAACACCAUCACCAACACCCCAAAAACACCGUCACCCCAAAAACACCAUCACCAACACCCCAAAAACACCGUCGCCCAAAAAACACCAUCACCAACACCCCAAAAACACCGUCACCCCAAAAACACGUCACCUCAAAAACACCCCAAAAACACCGUCACCCCAAAAACCCCAACACCCCAAAAACACCGUCACCAACACCCCAAAAACACCAUCACCAACACCCCAAAAACACCAACUCCCCAAAAACACCAACACUCUAACACCCCCAACACCCCCAACACAACACACCCAAAAUGCCCAAAACCAACAGAGACUCAUUCAAUCAAACUACAAAAAGGUCUGGCCCUACAUUUCAGCUUUAGCCUACCGCCAGCUUUAUCUUGUCAUAAAAUAAAUACUUUUUUUUUAAAUUAUGUGCUUUUAUUCUGUUCUUGGCUAAAGUUGGGCAUUGUAAAGUGGCAUUCGAUGGGAACAGAGGAGAGUCGUGUCUGAAUCCCAUAAACACACGCGGUCCUGAGCACACACACGCGGUCCCACACACACACCGCUCAGUCAGGGCGGUGCAGAAGAUGACGUUCACAUGUUCAAAUCUCCAAGAUCCAGACCCACAGAUGUGAAUGACUGAAGCCCUUGGAAUGUGUUUGAUUGGCUGAAGUGAUGACUACAUCAGUCAGUGCUGUCUGUGUGUGGCUGACCGAGCCAGUGCUCACAUUGCUUGGCUGUUUGAUUGGCCGAGUUGAUCUUGCGUCCCUUUGUUUGAUUGGCUGCGCUGAGUCACAUGCUUGUGUCUCCAGAGGACAGUGAACCAGCGGAGCAAAGCCAGGGCCACUGAUUAAAGAAAUUAAUUCAGUAUCUAUUCAUCAGAUGUAUCCUCUAUAUACUCCCACAUACUGCUCAUAUAAUAACUCCUUAAUAUUGCUCCAUAUGAGCUCCUAUAACACAUACUGUACAAUAUGGCCCUGUUUAAAAAUGAAUUAGUUAUUCCUUUUUUAUUUUGUCAGUUAAACCUAAAACAAAAAAAACUGCUCUUAAAACAUAAAAAUGUUUUUUAAAGCAGGGCCAUUUAUUUGCAGCUCUAUUUUGCUCAUGCAUGGAAUUAUAUUUAUGAUAUUUAGUUUCUUUGUUUUGCAGUGUUGGGAACUACUUAUUAAACAAAAAAAAACCUGCAUACUUGAAAUGUUUUGCACAGGAAUGUACAGUGCAUUAUUUAUUUGGGAAAUACUGCAGUAUUAAUAUCUAGUUGCUGAAUCUGUCACAGAUAGUUUGCAUUAAUUCAGAUGUGUUUCUGCUACUGUUGCAUCCGGACGCGCAUUAACUAAUCUGUUCAGAGACGGGAAGAAAUACCCCAACAUGUAUCCUGUAAUAAAAUACCUCUCUAAUAAAGUGUCUGUGGACUA